UCACAGUCAGCGCAGUCAGACACACAGAGACGGAAACUUGUGACUGAGGCAGCUGAAGGUCGGCCUCUCACCGCGACAUUAAAUAAAAAGGAAAGAAAUCCACGGAGCAGCUCUCCCUCUUUGGCUUCCUCUGCCAACAUGGACUGCGGAAUCUGCACCUCGAAGAGCAUUCUGCUCUUCCUCAGCUUGGUGUUCUGGGGUGCCGGAGCGGUGUUUGCCUACCUUGGUGCCUACAUGAUCAAGAGCUAUGACACCUUUGAAAGUUUCAUCCAGAACAAGCAGACCCUGAUCCCCGCAGCGAUCGUCAUCGGCAUCAGCGUGGUGAUGUUCAUCAUCGGACUGGUGGGAUGCUGCUCCACGCUCAGAGAAUCCAAAUGUGGCCUUGGCUUUUUCUUUGUCAUUAUCAUGCUCAUCUUUGCAGCAGAAGUGACUGCGUUGGUGUUUACCUUCAUCUACCAAGGCAAAAUCGGUAAAGCUCUGGAGGGCCCGAUGACCGACACCUUUUCAAAGUACGAUGGGACUAAUAACACCGAGUCCCAUGCUGUGGAUAUGCUGCAGAUUAAUUUGAAGUGCUGUGGAGUCUACAACUACACCAGCUGGUUGAACACCAACUGGUACAAAGAGAACCAAGCCAUGCCUCGAUCCUGUUGUAAAAACCAAAGUCUGUGUGACGGCAAACCACAGAAACCAGACUUGCUUUAUCAAGAGGGAUGUCAAGGAAAAGUGGAAAACCUUCUGCACAGUACGCUGACUGUUGCCCUGCUGGUUGUUCUUGGAUUUGCCAUCAUCAAGUUCUUUGGGAUGCUGAGCGUCUGCGUGAUAACCUGUCGAAGCAGCAGCAGAAGGAGCGGCUAUCAGCCUCUGUAUGCCUGAAACAAUUCCUGGAGCCCCCCACCCCUUAUUUGUCUCUAAUGGGUUUGCUGACUGCUUACUCUGCGCUGUAAACGACCACCAAUUCAUUCUUCAAAUCUAAAGUUUAUCUGAAUAAUGGUAACUGCAAAUCCUGCUGUAUUCUGGGGGGGAUCACAUGACAGCCGGCAUCCUCAGACCAUAGUGAACACAAGUGUAACUUCGUCCAUCUAGAUUUCUUAUUUUGUUGAAUGUGGAUGCAUCUUUCAGGGUUGUUUCCAUGACAAUAGAGCAACUUGUGCUUUCUGUAUAUCUCUGAAAGACAACGAAUGCAAACAAAUCAAGAAAUAACAUAAUCUCUAAUGUUGAAUGAGUUUCCUUGCAUUGUGAAAGCCUUAAUUAUCUGAUGGGGACUCUGCAUUUACACGUGACGUAAAGAAAAACUGUCUCAGACAUUAAGGCCUCCUCUUCUACUUGUUUAUCUUUGACCCUUCUCGCUCUGCUGCAUCAUGUAGAUAAUCAUUCAAAGGAUAUUAUUCUGUUAAUGUACCUUAGUGAAUGACGUCAUUAUAUCUUUGGAGUUGUUUGUGAUAGUGAACCAAAGGGUUUGUUGCCUUAUUGAGAUCUUCUAAAAGCAAACUGAAGGAAGGAAGACACGUCUUUCUCCGGUCAGUUAACUGUAUUGAGAAAAUUUCUACUUCUAGUUUGACUCUUGUUGUGUUUAUUAUAUUUCUAAAUUAAAGUGGUGAAAAUUUCUCAAUGACGUUGAUUCUGUUUUUGUCCUCUCUCCUCCAUACGGUGUCUUGCAGAUCACACUGUUGAAAAGCUAUAGAUGUUUCUCACAAACUGUAACAUGUUGCAACUGAAUCAUCAGCACUUGCACACUGAACUCCUUAUUUAACAUGAUGCACCGUGUUUAUCUGUAACCUUCUGGCUCUGCUGAUAAGCCCCCCCAAGUGUCACAGACAGAUGAUAUGAGUGUUCAUCUGUCAGUGUACACAAAGAUAAAUAAAAGUUUCAGUCUGGAACCUCUAA